AGGCGCGCUCCCGGGACGGCCGCGCGGAACCUCGCCCCCUCGCCUGCCCCGAGCUCGCGGGAGCCGCCCGUCGCCCCGCUGCCGGCUGCGGUACGGGGCGCGGCUAAGCGGGACCUUCUGUCUGGGCGAGCCGUCUCACCCGAGCCCCUGCCCGCCGCUCCGGGGAGCCAGGAGCUCCAGCGGUCGUUGCAAAAAAGGACCUUUGGGAGAGCGGCCGGUAACAAGAACGGCCACGGCGCCCAGACCUCCAGUCGGCAGCUCUUCUGUUGUGCGUGUUUAGUCAGAGAUGACUCAAAGAAUUGGGCUCCUGUUUUGCUGCCUAACCCGGGGGCUCCCGUGUCGGCCGCUGUUUCUCUUGGGCGUGACCUGCCACGCCGUUGUCGGCUGCUCCCUGCUCCCUGGCCUGGAAGGAAGUGCCCGCCUUUGGCAUCUUUCCAGUAACGUGUCGCACUACGAGCUGGGCUCUUGUGAGACAGAAGCUAAAUUAGCCUUGUCUCUCGACUUUUGGACUCUGUCCUCCGAAAACCUUAUAGCUGUGUUGCCAGUUGAUCCUGUUAAAGAAAAUUAUGUUCGUAAAGUGAAAAACUGUAUUUUUUCAAUUGCCUUCCCUACUCCUUUCAAAUCAAGAGUACGUCUUGUAGCAGUUUCAAAGGAAGUUCUAGAAGAUAUUUUGGACCUUGACUUAUCUGUCUCCGAAACAGAUGAUUUUAUCCAGCUUGCGAGUGGUGAAAAGAUAGUAUUUGGAUCCGUUCCAUUGGCUCACAGAUAUGGUGGGCACCAGUUUGGGAUAUGGGCAGGUCAGCUUGGGGACGGAAGAGCCCAUCUUCUUGGAAUUUACAUGAACAGGCAGGGUGAAAAGUGGGAGCUCCAAUUAAAGGGCUCAGGAAAGACUCCAUACUCCCGAAAUGGUGAUGGCAGAGCUGUACUUCGUUCCUCAGUGAGAGAAUUUUUAUGCAGCGAGGCUAUGCACUCUCUUGGAAUUCCAACUAGCAGAGCUGCAAGUCUGGUUGUGAGUGAUGAUGAAGUAUGGAGAGAUCAGUUCUACAAUGGAAACGUUGUGAAAGAAAGAGGUGCAGUAGUGCUGCGUAUUGCAAAAUCAUGGUUUAGAAUUGGAUCAUUGGAAAUUUUGGCUCAUUAUGGUGAACUGGAUUUACUAAGGACAUUAUUAGACUUCAUCAUACGGGAGCAUUUCCCCUCAGUGAAGGUCACAGAACCUAACAGAUAUGUGGAUUUUUUCUCUAUUGUGGUAUCAAAGACGGCACAACUCAUUGCCUUGUGGAUGUCUGUUGGUUUUGCUCAUGGUGUUUGUAAUACCGAUAACUUCAGUUUGUUAUCCAUUACAAUUGACUAUGGCCCAUUUGGUUUUAUGGAAGCCUAUAACCCAGAUUUUGUCCCAAACACAUCUGAUGAUGAAAGAAGAUAUAAAAUAGGAAAUCAGGCCAAUGUUGGGAUGUUUAAUUUAAACAAGUUGUUGCAAACUUUAAACCCAUUACUGGAUCCUAGGCAAAAGCAGCUAGCUGCUCAGAUUCUUGAGGGGUAUCCAGUUCUUUAUUAUACAAGAUUUAGAGACUUGUUCAAAGCCAAACUGGGGUUACUUGGAGAGAGGAAGGGUGAUGAUGAUUUAAUUGCAUUUCUCUUACAUCUCAUGGAAAAGGCAGAAGCUGAUUUUACAAUGACAUUUCGGCAGCUCAGCGAGAUUACCCAAAGCCAGUUAGAGGAGCUCAACAUUCCCCAGCAAUUCUGGGCACUGAAGAUGAUUUCAGAGCACAAGCUUUUUCCUGCCUGGGUGUCCCAGUACCUUUUGAGACUGAAGAGUAACAUGAAUGAUUCAGAUUCUGAAAGAAGAAAAAGAAUGACAACUGUUAAUCCUAGGUAUGUACUGAAGAACUGGAUGGCAGAAUCCGCAGUGCGAAAAGCAGAAAGGAAUGAUUUUUCAGAGGUCUGUCUUCUCCAGCACGUUCUUCAGCAUCCUUUCCAGAAGCAUUCUGCAGCUGAGAAAGCAGGCUACUCCUCACCUACUCCUUCUUGGGCUAAAGACCUCAGAGUUAGCUGCUCAUCUUAAUUUAGGGUAAAUAAAUUAAGGAAUACUUCUGUCAUUGAAUUCGACAGAGAAUGAUCUAUUUGAUAAAUUCUUAAUGACUACAUUCUGAUGACAACCCCACAUUUCAUAAAAAGGAUUAUGUUUGCAAAUAUUUUUUAAUCAAAUAAACUGGACCUAUUCUUUGGAACAACUUUGUGAUCAUUUUCGUUCUAAUGAAUAACUUUAGUGGAAUAAUAAAAUAUGUUUGGCAAGCUGUGUGAGUUAUUCUCAAUAACUGAAAAAUCUUAUGACAAUCUUUUAAUGAACUUGUAAGUAUUCAUCUAUGACAUGCUAUGUAUCCAGUGCUGUGGGGCACAUCGGAUAAGUAUGUAGUUUAACCAUACUCCUAGAGCUUUUUUGUCUAUUAUAGUGGUUUUCAAACAUUAACCAAAGUAAAGAGAAUAGUAUAAUGAACCUGAUUUACCAGCCAGCUUCUUAAUUAUCAAUGUGUGAUCAGUGUUAUUUCAUCUACAUCCCUACACAUUUCCCCUCAUUUCUAGUUAUUGUUUUAAUUGAGGUAUAAUUUCUAUAUCCCCACAUAAGUUCCCAGAUGUGUUUCAUUUAGUUUACAAAUAUUUCUGUAUGUAUCUCCAAACAUUAAUGACUGAAAACACAUGCCAAACCGUAUCACCUUAAGACAACUGAACAACUCCCUAAUUCAUCAAAUCAAAUGACUAGUUUUUGGAUUUCCUAUUGUUUUAUAAGUUACUAUCAUCAGUAUUAUUAUUUUAUAGUUACUUAUUUGAAUUGGGAUCCAAGUAAGGACUAUACAUUCAAAUUAGAUGACAACAUUUCUUGAGUUUCCUUUGUUAUUUUUGGAUACAACCACCUGCAUCUUCUUUUUCCUUGCAAUUUUUUGUUUUGGUUAAAGAAAGCAGGUUACUUAUCCCAUAGUGUGUCCCAGAGUCUGCAUUUUGCUGGUUGCAUCUCUGCGUUAUUGUUUAACAUGUUGCUCUGUUGGCUGUAUUUCUAUAAACCUUCAAUUUAUCGGAGGAAGUACUUGCCAUCAGAAGGCAAGUGUGUGCACUUCCACCAACAAGUACAUAUUGGCUGUCUCUUUUUGUGAUAUCAGCAGCCCCUGACAGUCAUCUCCUUGACCCACUGAUUCAAUAAGGUUGUAAAAUGAUAAUCUAAUCCUAGCAUUCAUUUGUUAGCUGUAAUCCUUCUAUAAAGGAAAACUUUCUAUCAUUAAUUAUUGGUUAUCCUGAGAUACAGAAAGGCAAAGGAUUGGUUCCCAAGCAUGCUCCAAAGACAGCCAGUAGGCUUGUUUAUUUGUUUUAGUAUCAUUAUGAACUCUUGAAUUUAAGCACAUUUUAUGUUUUAGACUAUUGCAGUUAUUAUCCUAGCCUAUGUACAAAUUGUCCCAUGUAUGGCCAGUGAGGUUUUAUUCAUGAUGGCUCCUCGUGUACAUGAUCCUAGAAAUUUUUUUUUUUUUUUUAGAUUUUUAUUUAUUUAUUUGAGAGAGAGAGAGCACAGAGGAAGAGUGAGAGGGAGAAGCAGACUCCCCACUGAGCAGGGAGCCCGAUGUGGGGCUGGUAAUCCCAGGACCCUGAGAUCAUGACCUGAGCUGAAGGCAGCUGCUUAACUGACUGAGCCACCCAGGUGCCCCUAAUUUAUUAUUUUAAUAUCAAUUUUUGUUAUUCAUGUAGCAGAUAAUUUUUGUUUUUCAUAUGGUAAAUAGUGUUUCUUUUCUAUCAUCAGUACUUUCUUCUUUGGUGGUGUCUUUUUAAACAGGUUUUUAAUUUUCAUAUAUUUGAAUUUGGCAAUUUCAAAAAGCACUUUUGGAUUUUAUAUGUGGUUUGUAUUGUUUAAAUUUUAUAAAAAGUAUUUCCUCAUAUUUUCUUCUAGUAUUUUUAGAAUGUGUACUUUUUAAUCCCUUUGAGAUUUGUUGAUUUUUUUUUGCCACAUUGGCAGAUAAUGUCCCUAUACUAUUUGUCAAAUAGUUUAUCCUUUUCAUACAUGUUUGAAAUACUUUUAUUAUAUAUUAAGUUCUCAUAUCUUUGAGGUCACUGCUAGACUUUUUUUUUUCAACUCUUCUAGCAAUGCAACUCUUAUUUUGAUUGUAUAGUAUCAACAGUAUAGUAUAUUUUGUUAUUCUGCUAUCAUUAAUCCUUUUUAUUAUUUUUUAAAAUUUUUAAAAAGAUUUUAUUUAUUUGAGAGAGGGCGUGAGAGAGAGAGCACAAGCGGGGGAGGGGCGAGGGAGAAGCUGACUCCCCACUGAGCAGGGAGCCCCCCACCUGGGGCUCGAUCCCUGGACCCUUAGAUCAUGACCUGAGCCGAAGGCAGGCGUUUAACCAGAUGAGCCACUCCUGGGUGGCACCCCACAAAGAAAACAUUUUAGAAAGUAAUGAUAGGGGCGCCUGGGUGGCUCAGUCGGUUGAGCGUCUGACUCUUGAUUUUGGCUCAGGUCAUGAUCUCUGGGUUGUGAAAUGGGGCUCUACACUGGGUGUGGAGCCUGCUUAAGAUUCUCUCUCUCUCUCCCUCUGUCCCUCCACACCACUUGUGCGUGCACAUGGUUUCUUUCUCUGUAAAUAAAAUAAAAAAUAUUUUCUUUGUUAUUUAAUUAUUUUAGAUGAAUUUUUAUGUGUUUCAACUUUCAGAAAAAAAUCUUGCUGGGAUUUUGAUUGGGGUUUAUAUUAAAUUUAGAGUGAGGGAUGCUUGGGUGGCUCAGUCAGUUAAGCAUCUGCUUCGAUUCAGGUCAUGAUCCUGGGGUCCUGGGAUUGAGUCCCACAUCUGGCUCCUUGCUCACAGGGAGCCUGCUUCUCCCUCUGCCUGCCGCUCCCCCUGCUUGUAUUCUCUCUCUCUCUCUCUGGCAAAUAAAUGAAAUCUUAAAAAAAUUUUAUAGAGUGACUUGGAAAGAACUGACAUCUUUACAACAUUGAGUUUUCCCAUCCAGGAACAUACUAUAGGCAUUCUUCAUUUUGCAUGGUACUGCAGGACUGUAAAAAUGGCCAUGCAAACUAAAACCAUGCAAAAUGAUCUUAAUAAUCAAUGGGAAAAAUUAUGAUUGUUUUGUGAUCUUCAAAAAUUUUGGUCAAAACCUUAAAAACUUUUUCACUGUUCACCAUGGGUAUAUAGGGAAAUAAAAUAGUAAAACUAGUAUUUAGUGCAUUGUAAUUUAAAACAUUAGAAACAUUGAGAAAGUGUUUUCUUUCUUCCUAAAAAAUUUAUCAAGAGUGGCUUGAACAGUGCUUGCCUUCUUUCUUGUCAUAUACUUCAUAAUACAGAGCUAGGAUCUUUUCUACAUCUUAGUGAGUUGCCACUAUUUUUUCUAUAACUCCAUUUAUGUUCAAUUUGAAUUUCACUUUCAGUAUUAUCAUUUUUCAUUUAUGUAUUGCAGUUUCAUCUUUAUUGCCAAUUUCCCUCUUUCAAUGAUCUUUUAAAAAAAAAUUUUUUUUUAAAGAUUUUAUUUAUUUUUUUGACAGAGAGAGACACAGUGAGAGAGGGAACACAAGCAGGGGGAGUGGGAGAGGGAGAACAGGCUUCCCACUGAGUAGGGAGCCCGAUGUGCGGGGCUUGAUGCCACGACCCUGGGAUCAUGACCUGAGCCGAAGGCAGACACUUAAUGACUGAGCCACCCAGCCGCCCCUCAAUGAUCAUUUUUAUAAAAUGUCAUGUGGGUUUACCACUGGGAGACAAGGAGCCAGUGCAACUACACACUUUGCUGUCUGUGCAUAAACUGAAUAACAAGUAUACAGUGAUCAAUCACUAACACACUUUGAAAGACGUGAUGUGAUUGGUCACUGCCCACAAUAUUCAUCUGUUUCUUAUGUAGUGAUUUCUGGACUGUAAUGCUAACAGUGAAGUUUGUACUUUACCCAAUUGUUCCCAGUUAUAAUACCAUGGUAGCAAAUGUUGGGGAACUAGUGUUAUUUAACUAAAUUGUGGUAAUUGGAACUUGUGCAUGUUGGAACUAUGCAAAGUAAGGGCUAUCUGUAUCUGUUUCCUAACAUUUUCUUUUAUGUCCUGUAAUAAAAAUUUAUAUUUUUCUCCA